AAGCCACGCUCUGGAUGAGGAAGACCGUGUAGGAAACCUUUUUCUGCUUGUUUAAAAAAAUGUCCAACGAUAAACGCACCGUGUACGUCGGGGGCCUUUCCGAGGAGGUAACAGAUAAGCUGAUCACGGACGCGUUCAUCCCAUUCGGUGACCUGGUCGACAUACAGAUGCCCAUCGAUUACGAAUCCCAGAAGCACCGCGGGUUUGCUUUCAUCGAGUUCGAGAAUGCGGAGGACGCGGCGGCCGCCGUCGAUAACAUGAACGAUUCGGAGCUGUGCGGCCGAACGAUCAGAGUAAACACAGCCAAACCACAGCGCAUCAAAGAAGGUAGCAACCGGCCCGUGUGGGCCGACGACAACUGGUUACAGCAGCACGCCGGAGCAACGCUGGCAGGGAAAAAGGACGGCCAGCAGCAGGAGGAGCAGUCGGAAUCGGGUACGGGCGAGGCGCGACCAGUUGAACCGGCGGCCGUACCGGAGGAAAAGAAACGAAACCCACAGGUGUUCUUCGACAUACGGAUAGGUAACAGCGACAUCGGGCGUAUCAUCAUGUGCUUGCGAGCCGACAUCGUUCCGAAAACGGCGGAAAACUUCCGUGCCCUCUGCACCGGUGAGCAGGGGUUCGGUUACAAAGGCUCGUCCUUUCACCGUAUCAUACCGGAGUUUAUGUGCCAAGGAGGAGAUUUUACGGCCAACAACGGAACGGGAGGCAAAUCAAUCUACGGCAAAAAGUUUGCCGACGAAAACUUUACCCUCAAACACACCGGCUUCGGGGUGCUGUCGAUGGCAAAUUCCGGACCAAACACCAAUGGUUCCCAAUUCUUCAUCUGUACCGAAAAAACGGAAUGGCUGGAUGGCAAGCACGUGGUGUUUGGGAACGUCAUAAGCGGAGCCGAUGUAGUCCGGAAGAUGGAACGGUGCGGCUCGAAGGGAGGGCGCGUACAGCAAAAGGUGACUAUUGUUGCUUGCGGGGAAAUUAAAGGCUAACUCCCGGUUGGCGUACAAUUCGA